GGCGAAGGGGGCUGCGUGUUUCCGGAAGACGUGGCCGCUGCAGCCGCUGCUCCCCAGCCCCGCUCCUGCCGCCACCAUGAUCUCCCUCUCCGACACCCAGAAGAUUGGAAUGGGACUAACAGGCUUUGGAGUUUUUUUCCUUUUCUUUGGAAUGAUACUCUUCUUUGACAAAGCUCUCUUGGCCAUUGGAAAUGUGCUCUUUGUGGCUGGCUUGUCUUUUGUUAUUGGUUUAGAACGAACAUUUCGAUUCUUUUUUCAAAAACACAAAAUGAAAGCAACAGGCUUUUUCCUGGGUGGUGUGCUCAUAGUUCUCAUUGGCUGGCCUUUAAUAGGAAUGAUUCUUGAAAUUUAUGGGUUCUUCCUAUUAUUCAGGGGGUUCUUUCCUGUGGUGGUUGGCUUUAUUAGAAGAGUUCCAGUUCUUGGAUAUCUCUUGAAUUUACCUGGUAUAAGCUCGCCUACGUAGGCUCAGAAGAGAAUCCACAGUAAUGCUUGUAGAUAAAGUUGGAGAAAGCAACAACAUGGUAUAAUGGCAAGAGGGAAGAAGACUGACUCUAAACUUACUGUAUUAUUUAUAAAAUCCUUUUGAAGAAUACUCAGCACAAAGAUUAAGUUGUGUACAAAGGAAAAGCUUGUUACAUUCUUUACAUAAGUUUAAUUUAAAAUGUAUAGUCAACAAUAUACCUUAGAAAAGAAGCUCAGCAAGUAUGCUUCUAGGAAAGUAACUCCAGAGGUCAGGAAGUAAACUGAAGAGGUAAAAGUCAUGGAAUAACCCAUGUUAUAACUGGUCAAGACAAUUUUUGUCGGCUUUGGAAAACACGAUAGAGGCGAUGAACCCUUGCGGAACUACCAGUGCCUGUACUUUACCUCCUUAUUUUGAAGGUAUAGUAGAGCAAACAGGCCUAUAUUUUUAAGGGUGGCCCAAACUUCCCCAGCUCUCUCCUUGCUACCUUCAGAGGGAAGAAAAAAAAACCCAACCAACCAAAAUACAACCAGAAAACCUCUUGUGUAACAAGAGCUGCGUCUUUGCAUGACGGUUAAGAUGACUAUUCAUCUUUAAGUGUACUAGGACAAAAAGAAUAAUAAACCCCCUACACAGUUCUCUUGUAAACACUUUUUUGUAAAUAUGUGGCUGAAAUAAAACAUUGUUAUCCUAAUGUUUCAAAGCCAAAUGAAGUUGAUUGUAUUUGCCUUCCCUUUUGGAAUAUGCAAAAGGUCAAUCUUUAAUAACUUCAGUUGUGAAUGUUGGUUCUGACUAUGUGGAGCUCGACAGGGGAUUCUGGAGACUGACUUGCACUCCUUCCAGUUUGUUCUCCUUGAGUCAUGUUACAUGUGCAUCCAGAUGAGAAUGUAACCCCUUGUCACUAACACAAAAACUUUCUGAAAUAUGCUUAGUUCACAGAUUAAAAAAAGGGGCAAGGUUUUGGUUAAGGUGCUGAUAUGGACCCUGUGAAACGUAUCUUCGCAGCAUUUGAACCUUUGUUUUUAAAUAGGUGGAAGCUAAGGGGGAGGGGGGGUGUUUGUUUACUCUGGAACUACAAAUUGACUUAUUUUUUAUGGUAAUAAAAUGAAAUCUGAAAGUUGUGUGUAUGUGAGUCUCUGGGGAGAAAAUUGAGCUAAUGGGGCUAACUACAGAUCAAGUGCCAAUCUCCUUCUGUUUUGUACCUUGUUGCUUGGGUUAUCUUCAAAUAACUUUAAACUCCUAUCAGUCACAGCAGCUACUUUGCUGCUGCAGCAAUUCUUAGGUAACCUGGAGUAAAUGUCCCCUGCUAAUGCAGGGGUCACACUUUGGCUUCUAUUGAAAUGCUAAAACUUUGUGCACUUUCAAUAGAUUUGGUUAUGUUGUGUCCUCACCUAACAAAAUGUGAU